UUCUGAAAGCGCAAUUAUGGGAGAUGAAUUGGAGUAUUUCAUGCAUACAGAAGAUGAAAGACUGAAAUCUUUCAAGAAAUGGCCAUUUAAGACAGGAAGUUGUUCUCCAGCUAAGAUGGCUGCUGCUGGGUUCUACCAUUGCCCAACUAAAGAAGCACCAGACGCCUGUAAAUGCUUUGUAUGUUUCAAGGAACUGGAAGGAUGGGAGAGAAAUGAUAAUCCAUGGGAUGAGCACAGGAAGCAUUCUUCAUCAUGCAUAUUUCUAAACUUGGACAAACCAGUUGAAAAAUUCACCAUGGAGGAAUUUAUUCGCUUGUUAAUGCAGAUCCAGAAGAAUCAAAUGAUAAGAAAGUUUGCUGCUCUGAAGAAGGAAGUAGAAGAAAGUGCUGCAAGUGUCGAAGCAACAUUGGAGGCAUUCCGUUCCUAACUGCCUUGUUUUUCUUUCUUUGUAUAAUUUUUAAAUCAUUCUGAAAUAAACCAUGAUAGAGGCUAUGAAGUGAAAAAAAUACAAACACUUCAUACUGUUUCAAAUCAAAGAUCCGAUAUGAAAGGUAGUUGAUUGCAAUGUUUGAAGAUUUUUUGGACCAUUUAUUUAUUUAUUUUUUUUUUUUUUUGGUAAUAUUA